UUAAUUUCUUGAUGAUGCAAAUUAAUAGACGACUGGAUGAUAUAGAAUUAGGAAAACUUUCUAAUAUAUAUAUUUUUUCUCAAGGGAAAACGCUUGAACCAUUGCUGCCUCGCCACCGCCGCCACCAUCAUCCUCAUUACCAUUACCAUCACCAUCGUCACCAUUACCAUUCCCAUCACCGAGCAUGAUAUCAGUAGGAGAGAAAUCUUAAUAACUAUUCUUUUUUGCUUAGUCCCCAACCUCCGGCAGCAUUUCACACACACGCAAACUUUUGUUUACUCCCCAACUCUAGGUAACAUUCUCUCACACAAACACACACACUUGAAAAAAAGUUUUGGCCUUCGAAAAUCAAGUAACAUUCCACACGCAAACAGAAAACAGAUUAUCAUAACGCUCGCUAAGUAACAUUUCUAACGUAUACAAAUUAUUAUUCAUACUAUAUAAAUUAAAUUCAGCAUUAGAUUCAUCAGUUAAACGGUCACCUUCAUCACUGUCGACAAUUAAUAAUAACAAAACAACCUAGACCAUUUAAUCUGCGCAAUACAAAACUUGAUAAGCCCAGAGCCACUACAAAACUUGGUGCCCCUAAUUAAACAUGAGUUCUGUCUCUCCCUCUGCGUACUGGUGCCCCUAAUUAAACUUCUCCUAAUCAAAAUAGUUUUUUUUUUUCGUCCUUAUAUCUUAGUGGCCCUAUUUAGCAUGAGCUUUCUCCUCCCUCCUGUAACUUAGGGCCCCUAAUUAAAGAUGAGUUUUCUCACUCCCUAUAACCAAAAUUACUAUCCCAUCUCAGAGUCCACAUAUUGUGUAAAUGCCGAUAAAAUAUAUGAGGAGAACUAUGAUAUAAUGAAGAGAAGAAAUAUGAAUGAUGAAACACUUAUAAAAAAGUUGUCCGGAUCACACGCAAACAUAUCGCUCAUUUAUUUCAACAGUGACAUAACUCAAAAAUUGAAGAUUUUGAGUUAGUUAUAUCACUGAAUUUGUCAUUUUCUAUAUUUAUUUGUGGUAAGAACGCCAUAACUCUAGUAUCAAAAUUGUCCAUUAUAUGUCGCUCAAGGCAUAGUGACUCAUUUUCUUUCAGACGAAUCGUUUAGUUGGCAUAGCGUUUUAUUUCAGUUACGUCUUGACUCUUGCAGAGGAAGCAUCGUUUUAGCUCCUGCUACAGUGACAUAUUUCUUGUUAUGACAGUGUUCUGACAAGGUAAAUAUGACCAGUCGAGGAAAACAACUCUUACAAUUAGCAUUGGAAUCGGUAGAAAACACAAAACAAGCAUCAUCCAAGGAGCCUGAAGUGACUGAAACUUUCUCUGAGUCAGGAAAGAAUGUCGAAGUCCUAGUAAACCAAAACGAGACACCACCAAGUUCUUCCCAGAACACCAAGAGUGUAGGCCUAGGGAUGUCGACAAUGCAGUGCACACAUUUGGGUGAAAGGCGUAAUUCUACAUCAAGCAAUAUUUCUUCAUCAAGUAAUAGCUCUUCAUCAAGCAGCAGCACCUCAUCAUCCUCGUCAAAGAGCAGUGCAUCAUCAACUCAUGCAGCAACACCAGAAGAUGUGCUAGACUCUGAUGAUUCUGUUGCAGAUAAGACCUACGAACCAAAUUAUGAUGAAGAUUCAGAAGGAGUUGGUAGUAAUGACGAUGACUCUUCCCUGACUCCAAAUGUUGAUACUGCUACACUUGGAAAUAAGGACACCAAAGAAUUAGAGAGCCCAGCUAAAAAAGGUUCGAAAAGGAAGAAACAACCAGAAAAGUGGGGGCGACAUCUCCAGAAAAAACUAAGAAAUGAAGGAAAACGGUAUGUAAUGUACACCAAAGACAGAAAAGAAAGGGAAGAAAGAAAAGUAAAGCCUCCUUGCAAGGAAAAAUGCAGGUUGAAGUGCUCAAUGAAAUUUACUGAGGAACAAAGAAUGUCCAUAUUUGCAUCGUACUGGGAACUAGGUGAUAUUGACAGACAAAGGCAGUUUAUUGCCAAUUCAAUUGAUGAAAUUGUACCUAGGUACAGAUAUGUUCGUAUAGGAGGUACAAGACAACAAAGAAAACCAAACAAUGCUUUUUAUUUCAAACUGAAUGAAGGAAGAGUUAGGGUGUGCAAAUUGUUUUUCAUAAACACAUUAGAUAUUAAUGACCGCCCUAUCCGCACAGUCCUGGAAAAGAAGAACAAAGUUUGUGAAAACUUGAUUGAAAAUGAUCUCAGAGGUAAACACAGUAAUCACCACACUGUUGAUGAAAGCAUCAAGGACGGAAUGAGGGCUCAUAUUGAUUCCAUUCCAAAAAUUGAGAGUCAUUACCUCAGGGCUAAUACAUCAAGAGUUUUCAUUGACGGAAGCAAGACUGUUGCUGAUAUCCAUAGAGAUUAUGUUUCAAACUGCAAAGAGAAUAAUGCACCGUUUGGGAACUACUCUAUGUUCUACAAGGUGUUCACUGAAGAUUACAAUAUUUCUUUUUUCACCCCGAAAAAAGAUCAAUGUGACACCUGCGCAACCUUUGAAAAUGCAAGUAAAACUGAAAGAGAUAAUCUGCAACAGAAGUAUGAUCAGCACCAAGUUGAAAAAGAAUUGUCAAGAUCUGCGAAAGCUAGUGAUAAAGUAUCAUCAAAUGCUGCUGUAGCAGUUUAUGAUUUGCAGGCUGUAUUCCAACUGCCCAAAGGAGAUGUAUCCCUGUUUUACUACAAAUCCAAGUUAAAUGUUUUGAAUUUUACAAUUUAUGACUUGAAAUCUAACAAUUGUGAGUGUUAUGUCUGGGAUGAAUCCAACGGGCAUCGUGGAGUCAAUGAACUUGGCUCUUGUGUUCUUGACUAUAUCCAUAAAGUUUCUGAAACUGGUAAGAAGGAUAUUAUCUUUUAUUCAGACAAUUGCGGUGGUCAGCAGAAAAACUGGUUUAUGUUAGCUCUCUACUUAUAUGCUGUAAAUAUUCUGGACCUUGAUUCCAUUACUCACAAGUUCUUAAUUAAAGGACAUUCCCAGAAUGAGGGCGAUUCAGCUCACUCAUUGAUUGAAAGGCAAGUCAAGCGACUCCUUAAGAGUGGACCAAUCUAUGUUCCAGAAACAUUUCUAACUGCUAUUCGAAUGGCAAAAAAGAAAGGAGAGCCUUUUAGGGUGAAAGAAUGUGAUCAUGAAUUCUUCAAGAACAUCAAAGUUUUGGCUAACGAAAUUGGUCCUAUGAUGAACAUGAAAGAGCUGAAAAUUUCUGAAGUGAAAGUAUUGAAAGUUACUAAAACAUCUCCAAAUUCAGUAUUCUACAAACAUUCUUAUAAUGAAAAUUUCAAGGAAGCAACUGUUCUCAAGAAAAGAAUAUCAAAAGGAACCUUCACAAUUCCACCAUGCUUUGGUCACAAACCAGGUAUUACUUCCAAGAAGAAAGAAGAUCUUCUUGAUUUGUGCAAAAGAAGCCUCAUUCCUAAUCCUUAUAAGAAGUUUUAUGAGAAUCUGUAAUUUUCAGAUAAUCCUGAAGAGAACAUGAAUCUAUCUUUUCAUUUUGUUCAUUUAGUACAAAUGGAAUGCCUCAAAUACAGGGGUACAACCACUUUCUUAUUUACUUUAUUUCAUUCACACAGUUUAUAGUUUGUCAUAAAAGAAUGUCUUAGAUGCAGGGGUACAACAGCUUUGUUAUGUUCUUUGUUUUCUUCAAAACAGUUUAUAAUUGUUAAGUAAAAAAAGGAGCGCCUUAAAUACAGGGGUGCAACAACUUUGUCCUUUAUUUUAUUUUGCUCAAAAGAUUAUAUUUAUUUAAAAAGGAAUGCCUGAAAUACAGGGAUACAACAGGUCUGUUAUUUAUUUUAUUUUGUGCACACAGAUCAUGAAUAUGUGAUCUGUUACUUCUGUAUUAACAAUUGUUUAUUUCCUUUGUUUCUUACUCGUUUUGUUGUAAUGUAGUCCUAACUUUAGUUACAACAGUGGAAAUUCCAUAUAUUUUUUUGCAAUAUUGUCAUAACUCAAAUUUUAUUUUUUUCAAAUAGCCACAAAGUAUGUUUAUAAUAAGUGUAUUUUAUUAUAUUUGAUGUCAUGCACUACAUUGAAUCCUGAAAUAAAACUUCA